CGCUUAAACCCAGGAUCUUGAACCUUCAGUGAGUUGCAGUCAUGCUUCUGCACUCUAGCCAAGGCAACAGAAAGAACCUGUCUCAAGAAAAAAAAUGAAUGCCGCCGUGGGGUAGGGCGAUGGUGAGAAUGAUAGGCUUCCUGGUGGAUGAGAGGAAGGGUCAGUCCCAGGGGCUCCCGGCAUGCUCAGCAGGAGCGGUUUGAAGUUGAAACGCCGUCUGCUCUCCCUGGAGCUGCAGAGGAAGCAGUUUUCCACAGUCUCAGAGAUUUCUUUCACCAGCAGCUUCCAGCCUGGCGGUUUUCAAGGCUUUCCACUGGGAUUCUGUUGCCACUGAGUGGCAAGGGCAGGUCAAGGGAGCCCAGAAACAGCACAGAGCAGGGCUCCACAGUGGAGGGAGGGCCUCCGACUGAGGCUUCCACGUCGCACCUUUCCUGUCGCCUCCGGCCUCUGGGGUUGAUUGAUUCUCGUUGGGCUCAUGGCAAGAUUGGGCUGCAAUUAGAUGGCAUCGCGGACAGGAAUCUCUCUCUUCCCCCGAGCGCUAACGAGAGACAUUUCCAUGGGGUAACCUUCAAACAAUGCAAGCCAAGUCCCAGCCAACAGUCCCCGGGGCUGCAGCCUGCAUCCGAGUGAGAACAGGCCUGGGCAUCCCAGCGCUGCCUCGAGUGUGACCUGGGGAAGGGAUGUCGAAGAUGAGAUUAAUGAUACGGAGAUUUGUGAAGAGCUUAGAGCAGGGGACAUGCUCAGCAAGAGGAUGGUGGCCCUUGGCCUCCUGCAGAGCGGAGGCCCCACGCUGCAAGCAUUUAGAGGUGCUUGGGAAGCAAACCAUUCUUGAGGAAGUGGCGCCGGCAGAGAGAAGCCAGCAGCCCCCUAGCCCUCAACGCUUCCAAGGAACAGAGAACGAUGGAGAAGCCUGCAGGCAGAAGAAAGAGGACGCUGACCCUGAGGGAGGAAGCAGACGGGCAGAAGAACGUCCUCAGAGAGGAGAAAGUGUCCAGGGAUAGGAAGCCACCUGAGAGAUCCACUGUGCCCAGGAAGGCCCGAGCAGAGCCCCGCCUGAGUCCUGAAGAUGAAGAGCACAUCUUUGAUGCCUUCGACGCUUCAUUUAAAGAUGACUUUGAGGGGGUUCCCGUCUUCAUUCCUUUUCAGAGGAAGAAACCCUAUGAGUGCGGUGAAUGCGGGCGGAUCUUUAAGCACAAGACAGACCACAUUCGCCAUCAGAGGGUCCACACCGGAGAGAAGCCCUUCACCUGUGCGCAGUGCGGGAAGGCCUUCCGACACAGCUCUGACGUCACCAAACACCGGAGGACUCAUACGGGGGAGAAGCCCUUCAGAUGCGGGGAGUGCGGGAAAGCCUUUAACUGCGGCUCCAAUCUCCUGAAACAUCAGAAGACGCACACCGGGGAGAAGCCAUAUGAGUGCAUGGACUGUGGGAAAGCCUUUGCCUACAGCUCCUGUCUCAUCCGCCAUCGGAAACGCCACCCUCGGAAGAAUCCCUGAGCUGGGGCAGCCGUCUGCAGACUCAGACGCCUGCUCUGUGGCUCCCUGGUGUUGGGCGUCCGGUGGAGGUUCUGGGCCACGUGCGCUGUGUUCUGUGCCCUGGGGGACCCCCGGAAAAUCAGCCUGGUCAGAGGUGAGAAUGCCUGAGUGAGAGACCUUCCCACUGCAGAGAAUCUCUAGAUCAAGAUGCUGCAGUCAUGUGGAAGCCACCAGAGGCUCCUUGCAACCACAGACCAUUGUCCAAGUUCCUCGAUGGCUCCCAGGGCUUAGCACCAGAGACCAGGUGUCUUCACUGCCAUCCACGGGACGAGCUUGGGUCACCUCACAGCGCCCAGCAGGAGAGGCUCCUUGGUUUGCUGGGCGCCCACCACUUCCCAUUGCUGCCUGCCUGUAACAUCCACUCUGCUCAAGCCUUUCAUCUGCCCCUGAAGGCCCUGGUCUGUGGUCUCCCCACCUGCUGGGGCCCCAAGCUCUGCAGCAAGCCCCAGGACCACUUCUCCCUGCCUGGUCAGCUUCAGAGCCCGGGCAGCUCCUCCCUGCCUGGUCAGCUUCAGAGCCCGGGGCCACUCCACCUUGCCUGGUCAGCUUCAGUGCCCGGGGCCAUUCCUCCCUGCCUGGUCACCUUCAGUGCCCGGGGCCGCUCCUCCCUACCCAGUCAAGCUUCAGAGCCCGGGGCCGCUCCACCUUGCCUGGUCACCUUCAGUGCCCGGCGCCGCUCCUCCCUACCCAGUCAGCUUCAGAGCCCGGGGCCGCUCCUCCCUGCCUGGUCAGCUUCAGUGCCCGGGGCCGCUCCUCCCUGCCUGGCCAGCUUCAGAGCCUGGAGCCUCUCAUCCCUGCCUAGACUUUGUGCCCAAACUGUGCUUGGUUCUCUGGCUUCUCUCCUCUGACUGGAGUACGAGUCCCUGAGCUCAGACCCCCGUCCCUGGAACUGGGCCACACAACGUGCCCUCUUGGGCCAGCCUUCAUCCCAGACAGGCUUCCUGACUUACCUGGAUGGACUUCCUGGGACAAAGGCUCCUCAGGACCUUGGACACCGCCACCUGCUGAGCUUCCUGCCCCAGCCACCUGGUGGGGCCACCAGAUGCCCUCGGCAGCUCAGUCCAGCCUGCAUCUGCCGCUCGGCCUUCUGAUGUCGGCAGUGUUUCCCAGCCCCACGGACCAGCCCGUCAUUCAGGGCCAACAGGAUGGACCCCAGAUGCGGAAUGACACCUCACCAAGUGCCGGCCCCAGGUCCUGCCCACAGAGAAGCCUGCAGCAGCGCACAGCUGGGCGGGCCAUCUCCACCUCUGUAGCCGCGGGCAGGCUGGUAGAGCAGAUUAGCCCCAAAGCAGGAAAUUCCAGAUGAAAUAUACAUGAGAAGCAACCUCAAAACUAACAAAAAUUGCCUGCUCCUCAGUUCAGAGGAGGAGCAGAGAUGAAGAAAAAGAGGAGAAAAGCGCUCGGAAGAGAGAAAAGGAAGCUCCUUCUGUGCAGCGGGCUCCUGGCCCGGGAAGGGCAGUCUGCCGCAGAGUGCGUGCAGGGAGGCGCCCUCUGAAACGGCGGGAAAUCGCUGCAGGGCUUUCACUUGGCUCCCAGACUUCCUCAGAGGUCCAGAUCACCACAGCGGCCAACUUGGCAGCAGUGACCUCGGCACUCGGUGUCCUCAGGCUGCUGCAAAGCCAUCCUACUUGGGCAGUGGGGGUGUGGGGCAGGGGCUCCUGACUCCAGUGAGGCCACCCUGGAGGGGAGUCUCAGGAAUCAACCUGAUGAAUCGGAACCUUCCUGGCAUCUCAGAAGUAUACUGGGGAGACUGAGAAUCCUUGAGCCAAGUGUUCAUGUUCUCAAUGAACAUUAAACCCACAGCCCACAAGCUUCUCAGGAGCAUGGUGCAUGCACCUAGCCCCAGGGUCUGCCUGGGCAGCACUUCCUGGGCCGCCCUGACCAGCAGACACCACCCACCCAGCCUCGCUCAGCCGCCCUGACCAGCGGGCACCACCCACCCAGCCUCGCUCGGCAGU